ACACAGUCAGCACACCGUUGUAAUUCAUGAAAAUCUUCAUGGAAAUUUCUGCAUCCCCUUCCUUCCGCGACCGAACGACGACAUCACACACGACAACCACGCAGCGCACACACACGACGCACGAUGACAACGGUGAAGCGCAUUGGGCAGUAUGUGCUUGGUGACACCCUUGGCAAGGGCGCCUUUGGCAAAGUGAAGAAGGCAGAACAUGCCAUCACAAAGCACGUGGUUGCCGUGAAGAUCCUCAACAGGGAGAAGGUGAAACGGCAGGAUAUGGUUGGCAAGAUUAAGCGCGAAAUCCAGAUUCUCAAGCUCUUUCGGCAUCCAAAUAUCAUCAGGCUCUACCAGGUCAUUUCAACACCAAAGGACAUCUUCAUGAUCAUGGAAUUUGUGUCUGGAGGAGAACUCUUUGAUUACAUCCGACAAAAGGGCAGGCUGUCAGAGGACGAGUCGCGAAAGUUCUUCCAGCAGAUCAUUUCAGGCGUCGAGUACUGUCAUCGUCACAUGGUCGUUCACAGGGAUUUGAAGCCAGAGAACCUACUUCUUGACGAUGACCACAAUGUCAAAAUUGCCGACUUUGGCCUGUCAAACAUCAUGACGGACGGCGAUCUGCUCAAGACGAGCUGCGGAUCCCCAAACUACGCGUCCCCAGAGGUCAUCUCCGGAAAAUACUACGUUGGGCCUGAGGUUGACGUCUGGAGCUGUGGUGUCAUCUUGUAUGUGCUGCUGUGCGGAAAGUUGCCGUUCCACGACACGUAUGUGCCGCGGCUGUUCAAGAAGAUUAUGCGUGGGGAGUACGAGCAGCCGGAGCACGUGUCGCCGCUGGCCCUGGAUCUUCUUGUCAGGAUGCUCGUCACAGAUCCCAUGCAGCGCAUCACCAUUGACGACAUCAAGAAGCACCCAUGGUUUGUGGUCAACAUGCCGGAGGACCUGUUUGUGGAAGACGCCAAGUACGAGGACGACUUUGAUAACGAAAUUGUCGAGGACAUCUGCUCCAAAUUCCAAGUGUACCGGGACACGGUGUUGGAUGCGUUGAUUGCGGGCGACGAGACAGACCAGCUCGUUGUUGCAUACCGCCUCCUCCUCAACAACAAGCGCUUCCACGACCGGCGGCGAGAGCGGUCGCGGGAGGAUCUGGUCGGCAGCAAUUCGUCGCUCGUCAGCGACAACGGACAGAAGAGCAGCAAGGCGCCAAUCCUGCAGUUGGAAACAAAUCCAGCAAGGCUCCAGCUCCCAUCAACAGUGCGGCCACGGCAGUCCGCUGUUCGGCGGCAGAAGCGGUCGCGGUGGCACCUCGGCAUGCGCUCGCAGAACAAACCACAGGACAUCAUGGCCGAGGUGUACAGGACCCUCCGCGCUCUCAACUUUCAAUGGAAGGUGAUCACGCCGUACCACGUGCGCUGCCGCUGCUUCAACCAGGUGAGCGGCACGAUGGUCAAGAUGAGCCUUCGCCUCUACCGCGCAGACAAGUACUACCUCCUCGACUUUCAGAACCUGGCGACCGAGGACGAUCAGCCGCAGCCGUUUUGGCUUCCACCCGACUCGUCCGCACAGCAGACGGCACCAGAUACAGAGACGGCCGGGGUCCACACCAUGGAGUUCUUCGAGCUCUGCGCAACCGUCAUUGCGGAGCUUGGGAGGUAGCGAUGGCGCACAUGUUUCUGUGGUGCGCGGCGAACGGGGCGAAGACCGAUGCAGUUAUCGUGUGCACGCAUGCAUGUGCGAUUGAGUGCGCGCAUGCAUGUGCGUGUGUUUGCUUGUGUUUGGCAGCCAGACGUUCACACAUCCCACAUUGUUCUCUGGGUGCUGUGAUGGUUGGCUGUUAAUUGCAGUUAUGUGUUGUGUACGUACCCACUGCUGGGCAGGGGUGGCCGUGUGUUGUUUGUUACCACAUGGAAGAAAGACAAGGGGGAGGCAGUGGGAGGAGCAUGAGGAAGGGGGGG